CCGACGAGCGCCCUCUCACGCAUCGUCAUUGCGCCCAUCACUCCAGCACGGACACCCGUGCUGCGCAUCCAGCUCCGCCGUCUCUCACCUCCUCCUCCUCCUCCACCACCACCACCGAGACGCAGCCGCGCACCCUCGACCCGGCCCACUGCGGCGCGCGCCCUUACCCCGCCUCGUCCCAUGUGCCGCUCGCUGCGCGCGCCGCUCUGAGCGCAGCCCCGCACAUCCAGCAUGGCCGACGCAGCGCCGCCCGUCGCCGCUGGGCCGUCGCUCAUGCGCCGCCGCAGCAGCAGCUUCGACCUCACGGCGCCCGCCGACGACGAGGCGCCGAGCGGCAUGGCCGCACCGCGCGUCACGCGCCCCUCGCGCGGCUCUCGCCUCGGCGCACAGAUGGGCCGCUCCGUCUCGGGCGAGAGCAGCACGAAGCCGGCGCAGCCGACCGUGGUCGAGGAGCCGGCUCGCAAGCGUGGUGCUGUGGCUGCCAUGGCGGCGCGAUGGGGCGCCGCAGCCGGCAGUGGCAGCGCCGCCGCACUAGCACCUGCUGCCUCGUCCGGUGCGCCCUCCUCACAGCCGGCUGGCGCCGCGCCAAGUCGCUCAACGCUCGGCCAGGCAUUUGGUCUUGCGUCUUCAGCCACUCCAUACGAGUCGCCGAGCGCCGUAGUCGCAGCCGGAGAACCCUCAAUAACGACACCGCCGCGCCGACUGACGCGCAGCGGCUCGCACAGCGACCUGCUCGGCUCGCUCUCCCAGACUUCCUCACCCACGCGCGCCGCUGCAGACGAGUCCGCCGGGCUGAGCUCGGCAUCAAGUGCUGCGACGCCUACUUCUGCCUCUUCGCCUGGCGUCGCUGUGGCUGGCCGACUGCAGCGGCUGCCGUACUCGCGCCGGGAUUCGUUCCUGCCUGCAUCCUCGGCUACGCCUGCCGCCGGAGCUGCUGCUGCAGGGCGCUCGUGGGACAUGUCGGCGCCUGACUCGUCAGAUGUCGUUCUCUCGGCUGUCCCGCCACACGCUCGACCAACGCUGCUGGCGCGCACCAGCUCUCCGAAUCUCGGCGACGUGCGGCGCGCGGCUUCGGGCGGCGCGACGUCUCCGCGCGGACGUGAGGAGCUCGCAGCACAGCUGCAGCAGCCGGCGCAUACUGUGCAGCCGCGCAGACCCUCUGGGGUGCAGCACCGCGAGCUACUGCUGCCUUCGCUCGCCGGCUCGUCGGCUGGAGCCUCGACAUCGCGUACCCUUGGCGCUGCACCUCUGCGCGAGAGGGAGCAGGACUCGCAGGAGAGCGGCGAGACGGCAGCAGCUGCGGCUGCAGUGGCAUACAGGCAGCAGCAGCAGGCAUACAGGCGGGAGCAAGAGGCGAGCAGAGUGGCGAUGCAGCAGGCAGCCAGCUCAUCGAGCUCCUCGCCGCCGAUUACGCGGGAGCGGGAGUGGGAGCGUGAGGCCGACAGACGAAGAGAUAGAGGAGAGAAUGGCCAGGAUGCGCGCUCGCAUCAGGCCAUGCCGAGUCUUGGCGGCUCGAGCGAGAGCGGCAGCACUGGCAGCGCUGCACACGGCAUGGGCCUAACGGCUCUGCGCGCUGGCAGCGGCUCUGCUCAGGCUCAGCAGAGUGCAACGCGAUCAACGAGCAGAGGCAAUCACGCCUCGCCGUCGCCGCGGCCCGGACAGAUGUCAGACGCUGCCAUCUUGGAGCUCGGCGCCGUGCCUGGCGCGCCAUCCGCUGCGGGUCCACUGCAGCCCGGCGUGCCGCUGAGCAGCAAGAACGUCCUCACGAUUGCGCUGCAGAAGGCACAGAGCGCCGUGCUGCUCGACAGCGCCAACAAUGUGCCUGAGGCCAUUGCCGCGUACAAGCAGGCUGUGCGCCUGCUGCAGGAGGUCAUGGAGCGCAUCGCGCCGAGGAACUCGCAGCGGCGCACGAAGGUGACGCGCGAGGAGGAGCGGCGAAGGCUCAAAGUCAUUCACGAUACGUACGCCGAUCGCAUCCGGCUGCUCGCGCUCAUCUACUCGCCAGAGUCGGAUCUCUCGAGCGAGGGCUCGGAAAACGCAGAGCACGCCGAUCGCACGCCGCGGCGCUCGGCCGUGCAGCACUGGCCUGCUACCGAGGCUGGGCCGUCGGAGCACGGCAGUCCGUCAAUGGCGAAUGCGCGGCAAGGCGGCGCAUUCGGUGGCGCGCCAUCGCCUGCGCUCAGCAACGGCUUGGCGCUUGCUGCGCGGCAACGAGGGCGCGAAGAGAGCGCUGCAGCGGCCGUUGCUGCCUUCUCAAGCAAUGCGCGCACAGCACCGACGCCAGCUAUCUCGAUACAGCGCGAGCGCGAGCCGGAUCCGCGCUCGCCGGUGGGGCGCGACGAGAUGCUGCUCGAAGCCAGUGCUCCGACGCGGCACGAGCAUGGGCGCUCCGACUCGGAGGGCUCGUUUAGAUCUGCCAACGGCGCCUCGUCGAGUCAGAGCUCAGGCCUGCGGUUGCCAGAGCCAGCGCGGCAUGCAGUACUGCAGCGGUCACUGGGCAUCGAUGAGGAGGUGCGCACGCCCGCGACGCCGUACUUCGACAUCGACCCCAAUCUCGUCUCGCACGAUGCCGCGACGCCUCGGCCGGACGAAGCGCAGUUGCAGCGCGACACAGCGCCGCCUACGCGCAGCGUGCCGCCAGUGCCUCGUGUGCAAAGCUCUCGAGCGGCCGGCUCUCGAGCUGUUGGCUCGCUGUCUCACAUUCCCUCGCCGCUCGGGAUUGAGACGGAAGUCGAAGACGCGCAAAGAAUGGAGAGGAGACCAAGCAGCGAGGGCGGUGCUCCGCCAAAGCCCGCCGGCGCUGACGAGUCGCAGCGUCCAGCUGUGGUGUCGCUGCCACCGCCGCCGCCACAGCCGCGCCAGUCGGAGGACAUGCUGCGGCUGCAGUCGUCGUCGUCCUCCAACUCUUCGUCCUCAGCACGCGCACGUGCGGCUACAGUGGGUCGCGAGGCAUCGCCUGAGCAUCGCCUUCUCGUCAGUCCGACAGUGAGCGCAGGGACGAUUAGCCAGCGGCGCAAGAACGUGGGUGGCCCAGGCGGCGACGGCUCUCUCAGCCUGCCUAUGCCGACCAUGGGCGGUCUGUCGUCGGCCGAGCCUAGUCCGCUUGCCACGCCUACAAUGGAAGCAGCGGACCUGCCGCACAUGCCGCAGCGGCGACAGCGCGGCGACACGGACAGCACGAGUGGAGACAGCAGUCUGGGACGCAAGCGAGCGCUCUCGCAGCCCGGCAACCGCCGGCCGGCCAUGCCGCCAGGCUUCAUGCCGCCGCACGCUGCAGAAUCUUCGCCGCCGCCCGCAGUGCCACGCAUCACGCGCAAGGCGUCCAUGCCUGCCACUUCGCCCACGCUGCCGUCGGCUCCAGGCGGCCCAGCGCCGUCUUUGAGGAUCGCUCCGCCGAGCCACACCGACAGCAGCAUGACAGUCCGCGCAGAGUCCUCCUUCCUGCACACGCUCUCCUCGUCGCCGGGCUAUCACUCGCUCGAUCCGCCAUCUUCGCCGAUCUCCGCACUGCAUCCGAGCGCCGCGAACAGCAGCAUCGGUGGGCAUGGCGGCGACUCUCGCACGCCGAGCUUUGCUACGCUGUUCCCGACUGGCCUGCCUUCUGCGGCAGUGGUGCCGUCGGCCGUCUCUUUCAACUCGGCAAACAAGGUGCUCGUGCUGCCGUGGCUCGGCGUCGGCGGUGGCCCGGCCGAGACGUCGGUCAUGCCAGCCGUGCCCGCUGCUCCGGCACUGCGGCCUUUCCACCUCAUGCGCCAGCUGCAUCUCAGCAUCGUGCGUGGCGCCUUCAUCUCGCGGCGCCUCUACGUGCCGAAGGAGCUGUGGGUGCAGCCGGGUGCCGGCGCCAAGCUGCAGGCCAUCGAGGCCAAGGUGCGCAUGCUCGAUGUCGUCGCUGGCGCCAUCGACGCGCUGGAGCAGGCUGGACACGCGCUGCUCAACCCGCCGCCGGGCCAGCCGGGACUGGGCAUCGCGCAUGCGGCGCGCUUUGCGAAGCAGCUCGAGGACUUUGAUGCGGUGCUCGUCGAGGUGCAGAACUCGCUCGCCCGCAAGCUCGGCUUCCUCGAGACGGUCGCCGGCAAGAAGGCGAAUACGUCGCUCGGCGCCUUUGGCUCGAAGCUCACGCGCUCGCUCGAUCGCAUGACCAAUGGCUCCAAGCACUCGGACUCGCCGGCGUCGUACAUCGAGGCACUGGCGCGGCUGUUCAGCCGAUCUCAGAUCCUUGGCACGCACCUCCAAGCUCUGCUGCACUCCCGGCAGCCGCCAGGCGCCUCGGCGCCAUCGGCAGGCGUCGAGACGUACGCGGCGCUGCCGCACGAGCUGCGUGCCGUCGUCGAGACGAAGCUGCGCCGCUGCGCCGACUUCUUCGCCAACGUCGUGCUGCGCAUCGUCGUGCGCGACCUGCACGUGCUGCUCGAGAAAUCCGCCAAGCGAGCACACGCCGCCUUCAUCGACUGAGAGCGAAGCACUGCGCAUCCUGGACACCCGCCGACCUCGCUGCUCUGCAUCUCCGCUUCGCGCUCCUUGCGUGCCCUAUCUACCAAGAUUCUCCUGGUGCCCCACAUGCCUUUGUCGCUCCUGUCCGGCAACGCAGCGUGCACAUGCCGCGCGCCGAUUGUAUUUCUCACCUAGCCUUCACGCCCAGUCGGCCGCUCUGCCUUUCUCUCGUAAUCCUCACUCCUGGCGGCCGCACACUCCGGAGGCGUUCGCUAGACAACAU